AUGAUGGAUUUGUACAAUCAGAAACAGUACAAAAAAGCACUCAAAAUAGCAGAAUCGCUGCUCGCUAAACACCCUAAAAAUGGUGAAGUAGUCUCAUUCAAGGCGCUUCUCCUCUCUAACAUAGAACCGUCGAAGGCAGAUGAGAUCAUGGAACUUGCAAGACAAGGACUAAAAUACGACGUAAAAAGUUACCUAUGUUGGUACGUGUUGGGAGCUAUAUACAAACAAAGGAAGCUAUACAAAGACUCGCUAAAAUGCUUCACAAUGGCAACCAAAAUUGAUACAAAAAAUGACCGACUCAUGAAAGAUGUAUGUGCAUUAGCCAUUGAAAUCAACGACUUUGCCGCAUUUAGGAAAUUCUCAAACCAAAUUUUGGAAAUUAGACUAAAGUACUAUAAGGAAUGGAUGACUUUUGCCUUCGCACAGCAUCUAUGUGGAAACGUCGAAGCAGCCUGCAAAAUCGUACAAGAGGCAAAUUCUCUUUUCGAAGGAAAAUACGAAGCUGAACCAUUCGAACUCAGCUCAUCAUUCAUAUAUUGGGCAAUGAUUUUGGAACAAAGCGGCAGAUACAACGAAUGUAUCAACGUGCUCAUUGAUAAGCAAAAAUAUAUCCUGGAUGACAUCAUGAGGCUGGAUUACGUAGGGCGUGCGGCAAUCAAGUCGCAACAGUGGGAUCUCGCACAUGAUGCAUAUAGGCAACUGAUAACCCUGAACCCGGAUAACGCAAGAUAUGUGAUACUCUAUAUAGUAACCCACGAAACUGUUAGAGACAGGGGAAUCUUCCAGAUGCCAAUACCAAAAAUAAACAGAGCACUUACUGAUGAAAACGUUACACAGAUGGAGGAUAACAGCACGGGACCAGAAGCUACGGAAUUCACGAACAAAGUGCUACAAGGGGUCAUGCCGCCCAUCCUGUUAAGCGAAGAAAUCAUGGAUAUCGAAGGGGAAUUCUCAUCAAACAACUGGUGCGUCGAAAAUAAGAUAAAUAGGAUUUAUGAUAGAUUUGUCAACAUAAUGAGAGAAAAGGCUGAAAACAAAACUGACACUACAAAAGAUGAACAACUAUUCGACGGCUGCCACUGUUAUGCCGAUUACACUGCUAAAGUUUCCAAAGCAUUCAAUGUGAAGCACCUGCCAAAACCAGAAACUUUAGAAGUCAAGGAUGUAGAAACUGUCUUACGGGAUUACCUAAAAGAAUAUCCAAUUGCAAGGAACUGCGUCUACAGCACGAGACCAAAGAUCACAUCUUGGUCGAGGUACCCCCUCUUCUUUUUCAUUAGGGAACUCACAUCAGAAGAAAGCCAAAUCUUAAUCAAUGCAUUAAAUGAAGUCAAAACAAACAACUAUUUGGGAAAGGCACUCACGAUAUCCUUUACUGUAGAUGACCACAUCGGCAUAUUCCAUGAUGUCGUGCAACCACUAGUCGAAGGAGGAUGUACCAGCAUUGUAAAGUUUUUUGCGCAUGGAUCUACAUUCAGUACCGCGUAUCGACUGCUCGUACUGCUAGUAAAGUACCAACAGAACCUGGUUGAAGGACAUCCCUUGGGACACAAUAUUGCGAAAUCGCAAAAUAUAACUAAUGCAGUAACAGAAAUAAGUGCACAGGAUCAAAUAAUGGCGCAAAACUACCUAGUACUAGUACAGAUAGUAACUGCGAAAUUAUACGAUUAUCUGGGACUUUAUCGCGAGGGAUUACAAGUGUUGGAGCAAACGUUGGAGACUACGCCCACCGCUGUGGAUGCCUAUCUAGUGAUGGGUAAAAUAUAUCGCCACCUAGGAGCUUUCGACAAAAGUAGACGAGCAUUCUGUAUGGCAUCAGACAUAGACAGAAGCGAUCGACAGACGAGCUCUAAGGCCGCCAAAGCAAUCCUCAGAGCACAUGACUUCGAAACCAGUAGAUACAAGUGGAAAAGUUUCCUAGUGGAAGAUGUAGGAAAAGGGCCUGUUAAAGAAAAGAAGGAGGAAAAAACAAGAGAUGCACCACCAGAAGUCAGAAGCAUGAAAUUUGAACUAAUGGCCACAGAGCAGUAUAGAAUCAUUUAUUUGCAGAAUAGCAGCAAAGAGGAUACAGACGGAACAAUAAAAAUUCAUAGCGGUGAGCUGCUAAAAAAGGCACACGAUGUUUACACGAUGGUACUUGAAAGGCAACAUGAAAUAUACCGGAACCAAUUGGACUUCCACAACUAUUGCCUCAAUAGGUUGCAGUAUCGCACUUAUUACAUUUUUCAUCAAAUCAGGGCCGCAUACACGACGUUGAUCUACUUUAUAGAAGCUGUGAAGGGUAUUCUCUGGACAACUGCUGAGAUGCGCAAACUGGAGAUUCAACACAAUACAGUUCACAGCAGGACGGUGGAAAGUGUCACCCAAGAUCAUAACGUAGACUAUUGUAUCGAUCUGAUAAAGCUUAUAUCUUCUCAGAGGGCAUAUGAUACGGGCCUUUACUCGGCAAUACACAAAUUUGCCGUUACUCUGGACUUGCCUCUUGCAUACAGGGUACAGUGCGUAAUUCGCACGCACUACGCGGCAAACAAUAACCCUCUUCAUCAUCAUUUAUAUCCUAUGGUCUACAAAUUAAUCAAGGAAUCGCAAUACAAGAACUUUGUCAGGGGGAUCCUGCAAGUACUUCCAACAUGGGCUGAUAUAGUGUUAGAUCAAGACAAGCGGGUGUUCAUGACCUCAGAUAAACGUGAACUGACGGAUGUGGAGGCAGCCGACCUGUACCUAGAGGGAAUAGUAGACCGCCUGCAGAAGACAAAGAUGAUGGAUUAUAGGCAUUGUGAAGCAAUACUGCAAUGUUAUUAUUGCGGCUCACCUCCAUCCGCUAAUGUAGUACCAGGCGGUGAUUCAUAUGUGGAUUCUAUACCCACAUUUCGUGAGCUUAGGGAGCAUCAUUUGGAACUCAGAAAUUUACUUCGCAGAAUGCAGGACGCAGCAGACGUAUCUCCGAUACGAGAUCUCCUAAAUAGUGUGGAGGAAACGCUUAGAAACAAGUAUCCUGAAUUCAAAAUACUUGUUGAAUGA